CGAGUUCAACGAGCUUUAUCAGAAGACGCGCACGCGCAAAUCGGAGUCAGAAGCGGUGGAGCUGUUCAUUGACGGCCUGCUGCCUGACCUGAGGGACAAGAUAUAUGACAAAGACAGCGACCCCAGCACAUUCAGCACCGUCAGAGAACUCGGACUGAGUGCGGAAGUAUGGCUUUUGCGGACACGCAAACGCGGCAACAGCCACAACGAAGAAGACAGCGAUGCCGAGAGGACGAGACCGUCAAAAAGCGCACGGAUGCAGCCCUGAAUGUACAGGCACUCGAGAAACAGGGCGAUCCCGAUUCUGUGGAUAUUGUCGAUACGAGAAGUACCACCAACCUGAUACAACCUGACCACCAUAUCCCGGCGGCUGGGCCAAGGGACCGCCAGAGGGCCGUAGAGCAUCUUGGCGAUUUGCAGAGUGUAAAAGAGCAUCUUGGCGAUUGUCAGAGGGCCACAGCGCAU